AUGUUGAUUCGUCCUACGCUUAAGGAACUUGAAACCUACGGUUCACCCGAUUUUACCAUUUAUAAUGCCGGUGCUUUUCCCGCAAAUCGUUACACCACCGGUAUGACAUCUACAACAUCCGUUGCACUUAAUUUUCAUACAAACGAGAUGGUUAUCUUGGGUACUGAAUAUGCUGCGAAUGAAGGUCAUAAAGGAGAUGUUUCUAUUUUCUUUGGUUUAUCUGGAACUGGCAAGACUACACUUUCUGCUGAUCCCAAGCGUCUCUUGAUCGGUGAUGAUGAACAUUGUUGGUCAGAUGACGGUAUCUUUAACAUUGAAGGAGGUUGUUACGCAAAAUGUAUUGGCUUAUCUUCUGACAAGGAACCAGAAAUUUACAACGCCAUUCGUUUUGGAUCAGUUUUGGAAAAUGUCGUUUAUGAUCGUCAUACUCGUAUUGUAAAUUAUGAUGACAGUUCAUUAACAGAAAAUACGCGUUGUGCUUAUCCGAUUGAAUACAUUCCUAAUGCCAAAUUACCUUGUAUUUCAUCGGGUCAUCCAAAAAAUAUUAUCUUAUUGACAUGUGAUGCAUAUGGUGUUCUUCCACCUGUCUCAAAAUUAUCACCAGCUCAAGCCAUGUAUCACUUUAUUUCUGGAUAUACGGCCAAGAUUGCAGGAACAGAAGAAGGUGUUACCGAACCGGAAGCUACGUUCUCUGCUUGUUUUGGGCAACCUUUCCUUGUGCUUCACCCUGCACGUUAUGCAAAGAUGUUGGCUGAAAAAAUGAAACAACAUUCUGCUGAUGCUUGGUUGAUUAAUACAGGAUGGCAGGGUGGUGCUUAUGGAGUUGGUGAACGUAUCAAGCUUAAAUACUCCCGUGCCAUCAUUGAUUCAAUUCAUUCCGGCGAACUGUCCAAAGCCGAAUAUGAAUCUUAUGGUGUAUUUAAUUUACAAAUUCCGAAAUCUUGUACGGGUGUUCCAUCUGAUAUAUUAAAUCCUUCAAGGACUUGGAAAGGUAGUGGAGAAGAAUUUAAACAUACUCGAAAUUCAUUAGCUGAAAGGUUCAUCAAAAACUUUAAGAGUUACGAAGAUCAGGCUACAUCUGAAAUUCUUUCGGCUGGACCCGUCAUCUCGUAG